AUGCGUCUAUUACGAAUGAAUGAAGAUGGAGACGUUAGCCUUGAAGACCACCCGGAAAAGACUGAGCCGUACGCAAUACUUUCGCAUAGAUGGGGGGAAGACCAUGAAGAGGUCAACUUCAAAGAUGUGAUAGAGCACACGUACAGGCACAAGAGAGGAUACGCAAAAAUCCUUGGCUGUGGAGAACAAGCAAAGCGGGAUAACCACCAGCUCUUCUGGAUUGAUACCUGUUGCAUCGACAAGAGUAGCAGUGCAGAGCUUUCCGAGUCGAUUAACUCCAUGUGGCGUUGGUACUGCAACUCUCAAGUCUGUUACGUCUACCUAGAUGAUGUCCGUGCAGGCAUUGAUGAGGCUGAAAAGGAUACUGCAUUCACCAAAUCAAAAUGGUUCACGCGAGGUUGGACACUUCAAGAGCUACUAGCACCCCGGAGACUUGAGUUCUACGACGCCGAGUGGAACCAGAUUGGGACGAAAGAGAGUCUAGCAGAUAAGAUCUGGGAGAUCACGAACAUCAACAAAGACUUCCUUGGCUCAGACAUCUCCUUACUCAAGCAAGCGAGUAUUGCUGAAAGAAUGUCGUGGGCCUCGAAAAGAACGGCAAAACGGGAAGAAGACAUCGCUUAUAGCUUGCUCGGAAUUUUCGACAUCAACAUGCCUCUGCUGUACGGCGAAGGCGCGAAAGCCUUCCAGAGGCUACAAGAAGAGAUCGUGAAACACUCAGAUGAUCAGUCAAUAUUGGCAUGGACUUCAUCGCCUGCGCAAAACCACAGUGGUAAACUUUUCGCCCAUUCGCCAACUGCAUUUGCCGCUUGCCGCGAUGUUGUGCGAAGCAUACAACAAGGUCAGGUGAAGCCGUAUUCCAUAACAAACAAAGGCCUCAAGAUCAGUCUACCACUCAUCAGGGGAGACAAUAAGGGCGAGUUCCUCGCGACGCCGAUAUGA